AUGUCAGCAAAACAAUAUCCCGCACUCGAGACUUACUUAACCAGAACUGCAGUUAGUUCUGUGUCAUACUUGGAGUUUUUGGAAUCGAACCGUUCUUUAAUUGUCAAAACACCUCCGUUGACGGAAGAUUGGAGAGGACUCAAUGGUGCGUGGUACAACCGAUACUUGCAAACAUCAAAAAGAUUAAACUUACCACCAACGGUGCUAGUCGCAGAAGAGGAUACUCGUUCGUAUUGGGAAGGAGUGAUAGAUGAAUGCAAGAAGGCAGCUGUGGGGGAGAAUGUUGGUGAUGAAAUAGUGGACGAAUGCCAACAAUCAUCGAAAAGACUCAAGGAGGAUGAACAAGGACAAUGUAACGGAACUUUAAACAUUGAAUCAAAAAAGAGAAAAUCUACUGAAAUUGACAAGUCAGAUUCUACUAGAAUCGAUAAGUCAGACACUACAAAAAUUGACAAGUUAAAUGCAACCAAUAUUACUAAAAACAAUGAAGAUAUCUGCGAUAUCACUGAUGGUGAACAAGUCGAAAAACAUAAUCUUGAGAAAAGCUGGGAGUUUGAACAACCAAUUCCUGACUGGCUCAGGCAAAUUCAUCAACAUCGUGAAAAUCUCACCACCAAAACUGACUUAACUGACUUUGAAUCACUGUCUCGGGUAACAGAAACCGAGAGUUUACUUUCUAAUCUUCCAUUGGACUGGGAAGUGUUAGAACCACCAGUUGAAAGAUGCUUGCACUCAAUUGCAAGAUUGGAUAAGAAAGGAUUAAAGAAGACUUUGACUACUGCAAACAAAGUCGAAGAUGAAAAUCCUUUCCUUGACUCCCCACCUACUGAAAUCACAACUGCCGAUAAUGUUGUUCAAGAUGGAGAUUAUAAACACCCAGAUGUCUGUUACAUUAUUGAACUUCUUCGUUAUACGCACAAUAUGAUUGAUAGAAAAAUACCGCAACAGGAAAAUUCAGAACGGGAUAUUGAUGUAAUUUUCAAGUCCCACUUGUUUUCUUGUUUUGAUGACAUUAUGGACUCGCAUUUUGGAGAGAUGGUUUCCAGAGCUUCACAACAACGCCAUACUCAAGCAGUUGGUGCUUCUGAUAAAGCAGAAGGUUAUCACUUAGAUUGGCUUUUUACGAAACACAAUCUUGCAAAAGACCUUACAUGGGGGAGAGAAUUCUCACUGUGUGAAAGAGCAGGUUCAAAAAUUGAAAACGGUGGUGGAGGUGUUCCUGUCAAAGUCAUUCAAGCUUUCCGGAAACUGCUUCUGCCCGGAUUUAUCUCAUCUCGAUUUUUUAUUCGGAUUUUGUUAAAUGUGUACAUUGGUGGCAAAUACCAUGGAUCUAUCAUGCUAGCAGAAUUUGAUGUACCCACUCAAUUUGAUGAAAUGAGCAAGAUUGUAACAAUAGCAAGGAUGAUGUUGAACGUUAAG